CCAGCCGCGGCGUGCCCGUGGCCACGCGUGUGCGUGUGCGUGGGCCGACCCCACGUCCGGCAGCCGCCGCGGCGGGACGGGCUCGUCGCGGAGCGGACACCAUGGUCCUGGGGGGCUCUGGCUGGUGGCUGCUGAUGGGGGUCUGCACCCUCAUCCCCACUCACACCACCCAGCGGGGAUCAGAAGAGGACGUGGCACCCAGAGUCAGGAUGGAGGAAUCAGAGUUCCACCUCAGCUGGGAUGGGGACCCCCUCCGUGACUCCCAGCACUGCGGCAUCACCUUCCACACCCCCAGCCCUUGCAGCAUCCGUGGGCCGCCCGCCUCCGCCUCUCGCGACGAGCUGGAGCACCUCAAGAACCUCUUGCAGGACACCAAGGCCAACCUGAAGGACGUGGAGAUGGCAGCCACGCUGGAGGACAACCAGACCCGCUACCAGGACAUCAUCACCGAGGCGCUGCCCGCCAUCCGGGGAGCCAACCUGGAGUUUCAGGAGAGCCUGGACAACGUCCGCAGGGAGCUGGAGGCUCACGUGGCCGAGGCUGAUCACCCACAGACGGCUGAGAAGAAGGAGAAGCUGCAGAAAGGUGUCCGUGUGGUGGCCCACAUGCUACGGCUCACUGGCCAGCUGGCCCAGACCCUGGAUGCUGCAGCCCAGCGCCUCCAUGCCGAGCUGAGCCAGCGCCUGCAGAGCUCAGCUGCCCACGCUGCUGCCACCACUGCCGAACCCUAGGACAGAGGGGACACCUUCGUGUCACCCUGUAUGGGGCUUUGCUUGCUGGUAAGAUCACAGCCUGCCUUUGGGGUGUCCUGACUCAUCUCCCUGACCCCAGCAGCUGAGAUGUUGCACAGGGUGUUUUCAGAGUGGUCUGAAGCUGGGAGGGGAUGGGGACAGGAGGUUGCUGCCCACUGCAUGACACACACACGAUGCCAUCACACCCAUAACCCAAGAAAAGACCUUUCGGAUCCUCAAUCCCAGUCCCUUCCCUCACCAUGCCAAGCCCACCACUGACCCAUGUGCCUCAGCACCUCAGCUACACGGCUCUGCAAUAGCUCCAGGGAUGGGGAUUCCACCACCUCCCUGGGCAGCCUGAGACAAGGGCUGACAACCCUCUCAGUGAAGAAAAAGUUCUUCCUCAGCUCCAAUCUAAACCUCCCCUGGGGCAACUUGAGGCUGUUCCCUGUUGUCCAGUGAUUCAUUACUGGAGAGAAGGGACCAACCCCAACCACAGCCUCCUGUAAGGGAGUUGCAGAGGUUGUCCAGGCUGAACACCGCCAGGGCCCUCAGCCCCUCCCCAGCACACUUGUGCUCCAGCCCCUUCCCCAGCUCCGCUGCCCGGCUCUGGACACGCUGCGGCCCCUCAGUGUCCCUCUGGCAGUGAGGGGCCCAACACUGAACACAGCACUCGAGCUGCGGCCUCACCAGGGCCCAGCACAGGGGACGGCCACUGCCCUGGGCCUACUGCCACACCACUGCUGAUACAAGCCAGGGGGCCACUGGCCUUCUUGCCCACCUGGGCAAGCUACUGCCUCAUCUUCAGCUGCUGGCACCAACCCCUCCCCAGGCCCUUUCAUUUCAGGCAGUGGUUAAUUCAUCACCAGAGGUUCUCCUGGGAAGGCUGGAGAGACAUCAGCCACACCAGUCUCAAGGCACUCUGUUACCCCCACGGUGUACCCAAGGGUGGGCAGGAGGCAGGAAUCCUUGCCCCAGGGCAGCAGCCCUGCCGCAGGAGCUGCAGGCAGUGAAAUAAAGCAUCAUCGCACUCUGCCAGGCA